GUUCGGCCCUAGUUACCGAGCAAACUCUCUGUUGUGUUUAUUUCGAUCCAUAUAUCGGCAGAGCUUCAGUUGUUCAUCGUGUUGUCAAACGAAAGUGCAUCUUGUCAUGUUCAAGAACACAUUUCAGAGUGGAUUUCUAUCAAUACUUUAUAGUAUUGGCAGUAAACCUCUUCAGAUAUGGGACAAAAAGGUGAGAAAUGGACAUAUCAAGAGAAUCACAGACAAUGACAUCCAGUCUCUUGUACUUGAGAUUGUGGGUACAAAUGUCAGCACGACAUACAUCACGUGCCCUGCUGAUCCGAAAAAGACACUGGGAAUCAAGCUGCCAUUCCUCGUGAUGAUCAUCAAAAAUCUAAAGAAAUAUUUCACGUUCGAGGUUCAGGUUCUUGAUGACAAGAACGUGCGGCGUAGAUUCCGUGCGAGUAAUUACCAGAGCACGACGCGCGUGAAGCCGUUCAUCUGCACCAUGCCCAUGCGCCUUGACGAGGGAUGGAACCAGAUCCAGUUCAACCUGUCCGACUUCACACGGAGGGCGUACGGAACAAACUACAUCGAGACGCUUAGAGUUCAAAUCCACGCUAAUUGUCGGAUCCGACGUGUCUACUUCUCCGACCGUCUCUACUCCGAGGACGAGCUACCGGCCGAAUUCAAGCUCUACCUUCCCGUCCAGAAUAAGACGAAAGUCUAACUGCAGCGUGCGCAUGGUUCAUUGUUGUCGAGUCCGUCCUUACGCUGGUAGUGUGGUGGCGCAUUGCACGUAGGGUGCCACCGUGCUUUUCUAGCAAAGUGUUUUAGGAAUUUAAGCUCAACUGUUACGUGACGUUGUUGUUGUAUGGAAAAUCUCGUUUUGGAUCUAAGUCUAUAUAUAUGAACACCUGAAGCUUCUGUGUUGUUGGCACAUAGAAAUAUUCUGUGACAGGAGGUGCAAUUGACCUUUUUCCCAAUCUCAAGAAGAUGUAAUUUCUAUUAAAACUGGCUUAAUUUGUAUAAAAAGACAUUGCCAUUGUUCAAGGUACUAUUUACCAUGCAAAUUUUAUAAUGACAGAUUGUCUGUGACAGUGGUUUGUACAUUGUCUCGGUGCACAACUGUCUGCACCAGGUGUAUAGUGAAUAUGUUAUUGUUUGUUGUUACCUGUUCACAAAUUAAAUGUCAUUAGAUAAGAUCACUCUGGAAGGAUUUUUGACAAUUCGUUGGCAAAGAGCAAUAUUUUUAGUAGUUGUUGUGUAAUGAUGAAGAGAAGAAAUGUGGUGUUGACACUUUGUAUGCACACAGCAGCAGCAGCAGCCUUACAAAGGCCACUAUCUAGUAUUCAUAGAGGUCUGAGUCACUCAGUGUUAUUGGUGUCUAGUCAGUGUAGAAAGUGAGCAGUGAAAUUAUUUUAGGAUGCACCACGAUAAACUUAUUUGUCAUGGUUUCAAAUAUAAAAAUGCUAAAAGAUGCUAGAGUGCAUCGUCAGUCGUUCACCCAAGCGAUGCCAAGUCAAAAACGUCAGAAUUCGGAGGGGAUCGAUAUAUAUGCUUGUCAUUUUUAAAAUGUACCUGAAAAGAUUCCAGAUUCCAUUCUAAGAACUUAUUUUUGGUGCAACACGUCGGUAUCAACCAGUAGUUGCAGUAUCAAAAUGUACAGGUGAGUGAGAAACACAGAGAGGCAAACAUUGUCGUCCUCCACAGCUGCAUGUAGAGUGACUAAUUAGUCAUUGUAAAGUGACACGCCAUGCAUCUGCAUAUAUCAGCUACAGUAUAUAUGUUCACAUAUAGCUUAUGAGGUUUUCUGAUUGGAAUAGCAAAUUUUGCUGUUCUUUCUCAUAAAAUCGUAUAUAUACUAUAUUUUAUUUUGCUGAAGAAAUAAAAUGUAUACAUUUA